UGUCGGGGCUAUGGAAGCCUCAUUUUGUAGAUAGAAUCCGUUCGGCAUACAUCUCUUUAACGAGUUCAAAAUUUUCAGUAAUAUAUUUUUCUAAUAUUGCACAAAACUAACUAAAAAUGGCGGUGCGACCUUUAGGCCCUGGACCCGGCGCUUACAUGCUACCACCCACAUACGGAUACGACAAGCAUGACAACCGAAAACAACGUAUGCCGCAGUACUCCUUUGGAGUGCGCUCCGCGUUGGUCGGAGAACAGAUGGGUCCUGGUCCGGGCGCCUAUAAGGUAGACAAGCUUACCCGCUAUGGCAACAGCAAGGGACUAGAGUACUCGAUGGCUCCCAGGACAGCCAUUCCAGUUGAGCGAAGCGGUCCUGGUCCCGGAGCCCAUGAUAACCACACCAAGCCAUUCUUCACGGGUACCCAAGCUCCAUCCUAUUCGAUGGGGCUGCGGACGGACUUGAACUUCAAAAAGGACGGUCCCGGCCCCAAUGCCUACAAGUACGAGGUGCAUGCUGUUCGUCCUGGGGUGCCUAAAUACAGCAUGGGCAUGCAAACCAAGACAAACAUGAAGACCAACUCGCCGGGUCCGGCCGCCUAUGCUGCCGGCGACAUUAAUGUGAAGCUAAACCGUGCUCCAGUGUACUCGAUGCAGCCCCGCACGAAUCUCCGGGGAGAAAACGUCGGUCCUGGGCCCAACUACUACGACCUAAUGUACUACCGUCCUGGCAAGAGCGGACCAGGCUACUCCUUCGGUCUCCGCCACUCCCAGUUCGCCCCGCCAAUGAUAGUUAGAUGUGACAACAUGUAGAGCUGCAAUAUUAGAAAAAUGUUCAAAAUUUAAGAAUAAAAUUGUUUUAAUCUAA